AUGUAUUGGUGGGUGAAUUAUACUGAAUAUACGGAAUCCUUGCAAGCUUCAAUGAGCAUCAGCGGCAGCUUCCACAGCCACCUGCAUCAGAGAAGGAAAGAAAUGGUUUCCCCAUGCAGGCCACCUGAGUCUAGGCUUUCUUUUGCCCCAGGGGACUUUCCCAGUCCUAUCAUAUCUGCCGUACCAAGUCCCGUGAUCCUCUGGAAUGUGUCUGUGAAGAUUCUGUGCCAGGGAACUCCUGAAUCUUACCUGUACCAACUGGUAAUCCCGGGAAACUCGACAUACAAGGAGGUAGAGAAGAAACUGGGAAUUCAGGAAUUGGCUGCAUUCACCAUUAACCGCAUGGAUACAAAUACUGCAGGGUAUUAUCAGUGCCCAUAUAGGAAAGAGUACCACUGGUCAGGGUACAGUGAAGCCCUGCAGCUGGUGGUAAAAGACUCCAUGAACCAAGAUUACACAAUGGAGAAUUUGAUCCAAAUGGGCAUCACAGGACUGGUCCUUGUGGCUCUCUUGGCAGUACUAGCUGAAAAUCAACACAGUCAUCAGGCGCCACCCCAGGAAAGCUGGAAAGAUGUGACUGAACCAAGCUGGAGUAAACAGAAAUGUCAAGCAGAAUGGAACUUUGGGCAAAUCCCUAAGGGCCAUAGCCCCACCGCGAGGCCGCCAUUGCUCUCUAACGCUAUGCCAGCUCCGCCUCUAGCUGGCCAAGCUCCAGCGGAAGGAGAAGAGGGUCGAGUGACAAGGUCUCAAUACCAUGCCUGCAAAUCGACCGCAGACUGCAAAAGCCGCUUGCAAGAGAGUGCGCCCUCUACUGGAGGAGGAAGACACUUCAUGAAGCCCAGGCCUGCUUUCUGGAUGAUGAGCAACUGCACAGAAGAGAAACAACUCAUCCCAGCUAAACACAAGAGAGCCAGCCCCGACAUGACCCAGCUCAUGCAUGGGAGGAUGCAGCACAGAUCUGUGGACAAGAGCAGAGGAGACUCUCAG